AUGCGGUACGAAGACUGGGACGUGAUUCUCUUCCCCGAAUCGUCCAAGGUGCCCAUUCAGGAGUUCAAGACCCAAUGUUUCGUCACCAAGGAUAAGGAUUCACCCUACUUGCAUAGUCCCGGUCUUGUUAGUCCGGCUACUUGUCCUCUGCCACAGAGCAAUGAGGGCCAGUUGCCAGUUCUCACUACUUUCGUCCCAAGUUUGCGUCACAACACCCCGUUCCGUGUGUCCGUUCACAGCUGGCAGAAGCCCACACCCAGUCGGUUGAUGGAAAGCCUCUUGCAGCCAGAUGAUGCAGUGCUUUUUGAGGUGCGGGUCUUUAUUGAUGGCCUGUGUGUCUCGGGUAGCGUUUUCCAUCAGAGAUCAGGGUGGCCUCAUAUUUUAGACGUCGAUAAGACUGGCAAUCAGGAUAGCCUCCGUUUCCCUCCGUUUCACCAGGAAAUUUUAGAGCAGAGACAUUGGGAUGCAGCUGAGCUAUACGGUAGGAUUAGAGUUGUGAUUGCUGAGGGCUUUUGUCGCCCACACCGCUAUCCACCAUUCGAGAGAGUCAAGGAGAUCGUCGCAUUUGCCUUCCAGCAUGCUCCAUUGCAGGUCCUGGAGCAUUCAAACAUCGCCUGGCCGAACCCUUCGAUGUGGACACGGGAGCCACGACUUUUCAAGUACAACUCGGGCAUCGAUCCUGCUAAUUUGACAGCAGAAGACUCACACGCCCACUCUCCCAGUAAGCAAGGUGCUCAGGGUCGGAUGUUGGCCCCCAGAAGCCAAGUAAGCAGCCAUUCAGGCAAUUCCUGGGCAUAUCGAAACUAUCAAAGAUCAAUUCAGAUGCCUCUACCCCAGUGGCAGGGCCAAUGCAUGCCAGAUCCCUUCACCGACCCUGUUAUCCGACAUCGAGGUGCACGAUCAUCUUGCGAGGAUGUUCCCAUGCCCGAUUAUAUCUCUAGCUCCGGAAGUAGUCGCGCCAUCUCCAGCAUGACGGGCAUUAGCUACGAGCAUAGCAAACAUCCCAGCAUAGUAACCCCCGUCGAUGAGGAGUCAUACCGGCAGCUGAUUGAAGCAUUGAGUCCGCCAAAGCCACUGGCCCUGUUCGGCAUUGCUGCACCCACCAAUAGCCCCUCUACUGCUUUACCCAUGGGAAAUAAGCUUUCUGCAGCUGCUGAAGCGCGUUCUGCACCCUACACCAAAGGCAGCAGCCGGACGUCGAUCUUGAAGGAGAUCUCAUUGCCUGGAACCAGAGAAGCGUCUGGGUCCAGCACUAAAUCCACCGCUGCUUCGGAAGCAACGGCUGAGGGAGCGGCAACUACCAAGAUUCAUGCUACCCCUAGCCCACGCGUCAAAAGCCGCAAGGAGGGCAUGUCCCAGACCAAGGACAAUGAAUCUUUGGGGGGGUCGCCACUCAAAGUGAACGAGAAAUCCCGCGAAACCCCCUCUAAGCUGGUGGUGCGUACCAGCGGAGGUGUGGAAACCCCAACUCGGUCCAGCCGCAAGUCAUCCACAGGCUCUGUCCGUGCGGAGGUCUCUCCCAUUUCCUAGGAUGGCACGGCCUUACUUUUGCUAGCUCAGGAGUUCUCUUAUGAGCGCUAUGUUUGGUGAUUGCCUUGUUCUAGGCCCCCAGGUUGCUGAGUCAGCACGGCAGCAGUUACUGAGAUGAUUGAAUUAUUAUUAUAUGGUCAAGAUAGGCAUUUAGUUCCAGUGCACCGCUUGCUUCUUUUCUCUACUUCGUCAGCUUCUGUUGUUUAUCGAUUCGGCUGUUAACGAGUUUUAACAUAGGGCGUCGAUGUUGAGGUCCAGUCAUGACCGAUGAACUCUCGUUACCUUAGAUCAAUUGCUACGGAUACUGAAUUUGCUUGGGGUGAAACGUGUGGAUAUGUCAGUUAAUCAUGUUUUUCAGCCCAGGAUGUUUGUUUUAGCAUUCAAUGUACUUAGUCUAGUGGUGAUAGCAGCAGCUAGGAGGGUAGUGAGUGUCAUUAGUAUAGCUUGCAGAAUCCACAG